AUGUCGGACGGACUGGAAAAAGACCCAAUUGUGGUGGUAGGCUUCGCAUUUAAGUUCCCAGGCGAUACGACGGACUCGACGUCCUUUUGGAACAUGAUGGUAGAGCAGCGCUGUGCGAUGACAAGGACGCCAGCAGACAGGAUCAGCGAGAAAAGUUGGCAUCAUCCGGACCAGUCCAGACGGGGACAGUUCUAUACGUGUGGCGCGCAUUAUUUGCAAGAGGAUAUUUCCCUCUUUGACGCUCCGUUCUUUUCUCUCUCGGCCGAAGAAGCAGCUGGCAUGGAUCCCCAGCAACGACAUCUGCUAGAAGUGACCUACCAUGCAUUGGAAAACUCUGGUAUACCGUUAAAUGUCGCGGUUGGCUCCCACACCUCGGUUCACGUCGGCUGUUUUACAAACGACUACGGGUUGCAGAUUUUUAAGGAUAUCGAAACCAGCGCUGAUUACGAUGUCUUUGGAGUUAAUACAAGUAUGAAUGCAAAUCGGAUAAGCUGGUUUUACGACUUCAAAGGUGCCAGCAUGAACGUGGACACGGCAUGCUCGAGCAGUCUGGUAGCACUUGAUUUAGCUUGCCAGGAGUUGCGUAGUGCUGGUUCUAAUAUGGGUAUUGUUGCAGGAACCAACUUGAUAUUCUCCCCAGACUUUAUGCAAAUCCUGUCCAACGUCAACAUGUUAUCUCCAGAUGGGAAAAGCUACAGUUUUGACCAACGCGCAAACGGCUACGGACGAGGUGAAGGUACGGGAGCAAUUGUAGUCAAGCGACUUUCUGAUGCGCUUCGAGACGGGGAUACAAUUCGCGCCGUCAUCCGUUCGACAGGGCAAAACCAAGAUGGGCGAACGCCAUUGGGCAUUAUGCAACCUAACGGCGAUGCACAGUCUAAGCUAAUUCUGAACACAUACGCAAAACGUUCCCUUAGUCUCGAACCGACGCGGUAUUUUGAGGCUCACGGCACUGGUACGCCUGUUGGAGACCCGAUUGAAGUCAAUGCGCUAGGCGAGGUCUUUCGCAGUGUUCGAACUCCUGAUGAUCCUCUAUUUGUGGGCUCUGUAAAAUCCAACAUCGGACACCUUGAAGGCGCCAGCGGUAUCGCUAGCGUGAUCAAGACUAUCCUUAUAAUUGAGAAGGGAAUCAUUCCGCCAAGUGCAAAUUUGCAGAGAAUAAACCCAAAAAUAGACACUGAAUGGCUUCGUAUUAAGUUCGCGAUGACGCCGACGCCCUGGCCUACAACUGGCCUUCGCCGGGCGUCUAUAAAUUCCUUUGGCUUUGGAGGUUCAAAUGCACACAUUGUGCUGGAUGACGCAUUUCAUUUUCUCAAACAACAUGGGCUUUCUGGAAACCAUGUGACGGUUGAACAACCACCAUCUACGAACACACUACCGGUAAAUGGAAUUGAAGCGCAUGACAUGCAAUAUGAGUUACCAAUGCCAAAGCUAUUCAUUAUAUCAGCACACGACAAAGCCGGUGUCAAACGCGUUGCUUCUGCAUACAGUAGCUUUUUUCAGAGAUCCCCGAAAAAAAAGGCCUUAUUCGGUACCUUUGCAGCCGACCUUGCAUAUACCCUCAACACUCGCAGAUCAGCCUUGCCACACAGAAGCUUUUGGACAGCAUCAAACAGAGAUCAGCUCGUCCAAGUAGAGGAGCGCAUGGUGCCAGCCCAGCAGGCUGUCGAUAAACUGGUUCUAGGAUUCGUCUUUACAGGCCAAGGGGCCCAAUGGGCUGGUAUGGGCCGGGAAUUAUUGGAAUACAACGUUUUUAGAGACAGCCUGACUAGAUCAGACCAUUAUCUCAGGAAGUUCGGAAGUACAUGGUUUUUGGAGGAAGAGAUCUGCCGAGGUAAAGAUACGUCUCGGAUAAAUACCCCAGAAAUCGCUCAGCCGGCCACUACUGCACUGCAAAUCGCCCUAGUCGAUUUACUGAGAAGCGUAGGCGUGCAUCCUGCAGCCGUGAUUGGGCAUUCCUCCGGCGAGAUUGCAGCCGCAUACACCCAAGGAGCACUGACGGCUGCUGAAGCAAUACGGAUUGCUUUCUUUAGAGGUAUUUGCGCGACCAAGCUGUCUCUGACGCAGCAGCGGACCGGUGGAAUGAUCUCUGUGGGGGUUUCCGAGGACGAUGCGGCCAUUUAUAUUGAGCAAAUAGCCCAGACAUACGGCCACCGUGGCUUGGCUAUAGCAUGUAUCAACAGCCAGAAAAACGUGACUGUCUCUGGCGACGAGACGCAAAUCGACGCCUUGCGAGAAAUCCUGGAUAGGAAAAGGAUAUUCGCUCGCAAAUUAGCGGUGCCAGUCGCCUAUCACUCGUUUCACAUGGAAGAUAUAUCCGCGUCUUAUCGUGAGCUUAUUGGUCCUUUGGACUCCCCUCCUCCGGUGUCAUCAUCUCAUACAGCCAUGAUUUCCUCUGUUACUGGCCAGCAAAUUCAAGCUAAGAAUCUUCGUUCUGCGGAGUACUGGGUGAAAAACCUGACUUCACCUGUCCGAUUCUCAACAGCGUUCAAUAAGAUAUGCACCAAGUCUGGUAAGAUUCGGAAGAAGCUCGAUUGCAGCCACCUAUCCCAAAUAGGGGUGAAUUUCGUACUCGAGGUUGGACCGCACUCGGGCCUACAAGCCCCAAUUCGGAAUCUAUUGGAGUUGCUUCCUUGGAGCGGGGGCAUCACAUACUCUUCUCUGCUUCAAAGAGGGAAACAUGCAGCAGAAACCUUUCUUACGUCUAUUGGAAAUCUAUACUGCUGUGGGGCACCUGUAGAUCUUGCUUCGGUCAAUCGACUGGGGGAAUUCCUUCCAACACACCACAAAGUCAUCCAUGAUUUACCUGGGUAUCCUUUUAAUCACCAAACAUCAUACUGGCACGAGAGCCGCAUUGCAAGCGAAUUCCGUCUGGACACUCACGGAAAACUGGAUCUCUUAGGAAAACCGGCUCUAGAUUGGAAUCCGCUCGAGCCACGAUGGCGGAAUAUCAUACGCGCAUCCGAACUUCCCUGGGUUCAAGACCAUGUUGUCAACGGCGUAAUUAUGUAUCCCGCCGCAGGCAUGGUGGUGAUGGCCAUCGAGGCAGCAAACCAGAUGGCCGACGCGAACAGAACGAUUUCUGGCUUUCAAUUAAAAGAUACUAGCUUUUUACGUGCGCUUGUUAUUCCAACAGGUGAAAGUGGAGUUGAAACGCACCUACAUCUCAGUCAGGAAGCGGGCUCGUGGACGAAAUUUCGACUAUCGUCAUUUGACAAUGGAAGAUGGCAUGAACACUGCCAUGGUUUUAUCAAAGUCGAAUAUGAGACUGGAACUCAAAACAAGCUAGACCGAUUUUCGAAACAACAGAACGAUAUUACCAAAGCAUGUGUACUAGAUGUCGACCACGACCGCCUUUACAAAACCGCGUCCGAUAGCGGGUUGGUAUUUGGGCCUACUUUUAGAUCGACACACAGUGGGAAAAUCAGCAAAAACCGCGAAGCCAUGUCUUCAGUGAACAUAUACACAUGGCCCCCCAAUGAAUAUCCACAGCCUCAUGUUGUCCACCCUACUACUCUAGACGGGAUCUUUCACCUCAUACUGGCUAUUCUGUCUGACGGUGGACAAAAAGAGAUUCCCACUGCAGUCCCUAGCGGGAUCCGUCGAAUAUGGAUAGCAAAGAACGGUCUUAGCACGCCAUGCGAUGAGCCAGACGUAAAGGCCUUUGCUUGUGUCACAAAUAUGCAUAGCCGAGGUCACGAAUGCGAUAUUCGAACACUGAACAACGCUGGUACAGCGUUUCUUGCCCAGAUAGACGGACUGCAAUCCACAAUUGUAAAUACCAAAUCCACAGAUCAAGCUCAGCGUCAUAAGCUAUACCAUCUCGACACUGUUCCGGAUAUAGACCUUUUGGACCAAACUCAACUUUCUUCGUACUGUGCUCAAGCCGAGCGAGCUCCGGAUCCAUUAGACUAUCACCUCGACUUGAACUUUGUUCUCUACGCGUUCCUAGAUAAGACGAUGCAGAACUUAGGGGAUAUCCCUCACGACAAAAUUGAACCACAUGUUCUCCGAUAUAUCGAGUGGGCACAACAUCAGCUGAAUCAAUUCCAAAAGGGACAGCUGCCCCUUGGCCGUGACGAAUGGAAGGAUCUGCUCAAAGACGAGGCUUAUUUUGAUGCUGCCUGUGAGAGAGUUGCAGCAGCCAACAGUCAGGGUUUCAUGUUCGUGCACACCGGCAAAAACCUCCUAUCCAUUCUUCGCGGCGAGCAGGAUCCAUUGCAAUUCCUUUUCAAAGACGGCUACAUACACGCAUACUACCGAGAAACAAACAACCGCCCAUGCUUUGACCAGUGGGACCGCUACCUGCAAGUCUAUGCGGCCAAACAUCCCAAAAUGCGCAUUUUAGAGAUUGGGGCUGGCACCGGUGCUACAACAACCCAAGCACUACACACACUUUCUCAUGGCUGCGGCCGCUCCGAGGCAAACCCCGUGUACUUGUCAUACGACUUCACUGAUUUGUCGCCAGUAUUCCUCCAGCAUGCACAAGAAAAAUACAAAAAUUAUCCACGCAUAAAAUACCAGGUACUCAACAUCGAAAAAGACCCACUGCAACAAGGGUACGCGGCCGAAUCGUACGAUUUAAUUAUUGCGGCCAACGUGCUCCAUGCCACACCAAACAUGGAGCACACGAUGGCUAAUGUCCGCAAACUCCUCAAACCGAAAGGAAAACUGAUGAUGUAUGAAAUCACUCAGCCGGAUAUCGUACGCUCAGGCUUUGUUGGUGGACUCAUGGCAGGCUGGUGGGCGGGAAUGGAGGACGGACGACCGUGGAGCCCGGCAAUGACUACGACGCGGUGGGCUGAUGUGCUCACAAAUACCGGGUUCUCGGGGGUUGACCUUGAAAUUCCGGAAUAUAAUCAUUCGGACUGCCAGGAGACAUCGAUAUUAGUAUCUACGGCGGUAUCUAAUCUCGCGCCAGAGAGGAGUUUAAUGGCCAGCGACGAACAGUUUGCCAACAUCACGUUUGUUGUGAAUCCUCAGUCCGUCUUUCAGAAAGGGUUAUUCAAGCAAACACGCGAAUCUAUCGCAUCACAAUACCCCGGAUCUGCGGUUGAAAAAAUUGCGUGGGAAGAAUGUGCAUUUUUGCCGUCCAUCAAAAAGACAACUCUUGUGUUCCUUCUCGAAACAGACGCAGCAUUUUUCAGCCAGAUUAGUGAAGCAAACCUGACCAAGCUACAGAAAACAAUCAGUCAAUGUGGCCACGUCUUGUGGGUGACAGCCGGUGGUGGAGCAACCCCGAAGAACCCAGAGCAUUGCAUGGCCACCGGAUGGGUACGCACGUUGUCCAACGAACGGACGAUGGGGCGUAUAUGUACUCUUGCCCUUGAUAUCAAUGGACCUGCUCAUAGCGAGCAAGUUAAAUACGUCGUACAGGUGCUUGCUGAAGAAAUAUUCAGCAAUGACAAGGAGCAUCAGGAGUCAGAAUUCAUCGAAAUGGACGGUUCAUUACAUAUUCCGUUACUGAAACCAAAUUUGCCACUGAGCGAGGACGUUUCCGCUGCAGAAGCUGAAGAACAGGUAACCGUCAAGCCGAUUGGAGAGGCGGGGGCUGUUAAAUUGCAGACGCGCGAGCUGGGCACCCUCGGUAACUUCCAAUGGAUCGAAGGGAGCAAUAUAACGGAACCAUUGCAAGCAGAUGAAGUGGAAAUCGAUGUGAGAGCAGUGGGUGUGAAUGUUCAUGACUGCCUAGUCGCUCUUGGGAAAAUCCCUGGAGUAUUCGGCUUGGAGUGUGCUGGCAUUGUAACUCGAGUAGGGAGUGCAUCUACCUUCAAGUCUGGUGACCGAGUUGUUACUUUCGGACAGGACUUGUUUCAAACGACAAUACGCAGUCAGGACGACAAGGUGUGCAAAUUACCUGCUUCCCUUUCAUUUUCUGAGGCCGCAUCUAUUCCAGUUGGUUUUGGAACGGCAUGGCAAGCCAUAAAUGAGAUAUCCAGAGUCCAACAAGGAGACCGUAUCCUCAUUCAUACUGGCCCCGGAGGAGUAUGGCCAGUUUCGGUGCAAAUAGCCCAGUUCCUUGGUGCUGAAGUAUUCGUGACGGUGGACUCGGACGAACAAAAGUCACUUAUCCAAGCUCAGUAUCAGAUUGCAGAGGAUCAUGUCGCUUUAAGAGAAAACACCAGUUUCACCGAUCUCAUCAUGAAUAUCACCCAGGGAGAUGGCGUCGAUGUCCUGCUCAUCAACUCCAGUGUCGGUGAAGAUAUCUUUGUUGCAUCGUGUGAAUGCAUUGCUUCUGAUGGCCGGAUUGUUGAGAUUGGAGAGAAAGUUAGCAAUAAACUACUUUCUGUUGCCCUGCCAGAGAUCACAAACAUUUCAUACACACAUUUCAAUAGCAUAGAUUGGAUGCAAAGAAGGCCGAAACGAGCAAAGAAAACAAUAGACACUGUACUCGACCUCGUUGAACAGAACGCCCUCCGCCUCCAGCCAAUAAACUCUUUCGCCGUUGAUCACGUCAAAGAAGCGUUCCAAAUGGCGAAUGCCGAACAAACGACAGACAAAUUCGUCGUCGACCUCACCUUAGACGCACGAGUGCCGGUACUGUUGAAAAAGUCCUUUCAAUGCACAUUCAACCCCGAUGUGACGUACGUGAUCACCGGUGGCUUCGGCGGACUUGGUCGAGUCAUCGCAAGAUGGAUGGUACGACUUGGGGCACGCAAUCUAGCCCUCCUAGGAAGGUCAGGGGCAAAGACAGAGCUCGCCCUGGAGCUAGUGUGCGAACUAGAGUCUCAAAACGUGCGAGUGGCAACUCCUCCUUGCGAUAUCAUUGACCCGGAGGCUGUUCGACGUGUCUUCCAAGAACUAUCACAGACAAUGCCUCCUAUCAAGGGAUGUAUACACGGCUCCUUGGUGCUGCGAGAUAGACUGUUCGAUGACUUGACAUACGAAGAUUGGCGGGUCACCGCCGAAUGCAGGGCUGCAGGAUCAUGGAAUCUGGAGACGAAUCUCCCGCGCGAUCUGGACUUUUUCGUCCUGCUCUCGUCGGCGAGUGGCGUCGUGGGGCUCCCAUCGCAGUCCAACUAUGCAUCCGGAAACACAUACAUGGAUGCCUUGGCCAAGUACCGCGUGGCCAAGGGCCAAAAGGCAAUCUCAAUUGAUCUGGGAGCCAUGAGUGAAGACGGUAUUCUCGUCGAAACGGGGAUAUUGGACAAGGUUCUCAGCUAUGGGCCCAUGGCACCGGUCUCGCGCAAGGCUCUGUUGGGCCUCCUAGACCAUUAUUGCAACAGGGAUCUGCCAAUUCUGACACCAGCAACCUCGCAAAUAUUAAUUGGACUGACCCUGAGUGGCGAGGGUUAUAUGGGCAAAUUAUUCGCCAGAAAGCGGCUGUUUUGUCACCCGGAAGUAGCCAUAUCAGAUGAACAAAAUGACAAUGGCACUCCUCGAAUUGACGCUCGGAAAGCUCUUGUUACUGCCACGUCGCUACAAGACGCCAGGGAUAUCGUGUCGCAGUCCCUUAUCAGCAAGCUAACGCACGACUAUAAAGUUAUCACCGAGGACCUUGAGAUCGACCAUCAAGCUCCCCUAUACACGCUCGGUGUGGAUUCGUUGCUAGCCGUGGAGUUGUGCAAAUGGGUUGCAACCGAGUUUUCUGCUGAUCUGGCAACGUUUGAAGUACUAGGUGGUGCCAGUAUGACCACCAUGAGUACGAUGGUCGCCACACGGACCCAGCUGCAGCAUCCUACUUGGUAA